AUGGAGGAGCUGAGCAGCGUGGGAGAGCAGGUCUUCGCCGCCGAGUGCAUCCUCAGCAAGCGGCUCCGCAAGGGCAAGCUGGAGUACCUGGUCAAGUGGCGGGGCUGGUCCUCCAAGCACAACAGCUGGGAACCCGAGGAGAACAUCCUUGAUCCAAGGCUCCUCCUCGCUUUCCAAAAGAAGGAACAUGAGAAAGAAGUGCAGAACCGCAAGAGAGGCAAGCGGCCACGGGGCAGACCCAGGAAACACGUGGAACCAGAGAUGCCUUCGAAAAGUAAGUCGAGCAGCUCCUCUUCCUCAACGUCUUCCUCCUCCUCCUCCUCUGAUGAAGAGGAUGAAAGUGAUCUGGAAGCAAAGAGAGGUCCCCGCAGCAGAGAGACCCACCCGGUGCCGCAGAAAAAAGCUCAGAUCCUGGUGGCAAAGCCAGAAAUGAAGGACAGUUCCAGAAAGAAACGUGGGCGGAAACCUCUGCCCCCAGAGCAGAAAGCAGCUCGAAGGACCGUGAACCUGACAAAGGUGCUGAAGACAUCCCGGAAAGAGGUGGGGGGCAGCAGCAAGCUGCUGGGCAAGCUGCAGCCGCAACAUGGCACACAGGGCACGGGGCUGGCUGGGCUGAAGGAGCCACCGGGUGCAUUGGCUGGGCUCAGCUCCGGGGGAUCCUCGGCAGAAAACAUCCCCAGUGCGAUGAAAAGCGGCUCCAGCAGCCCCAGUCGGGCCAUCAGCUGGCAGAGCUCCAUCGUGCAUUACAUGAACAGGAUGUCUCAAAACCAGAGCUCGGCCGAAACCUCGCCGCUAGGAAGGCUGGCGCUGAAGUCACAGGCAUCCAGCAAGAGUAGCUUAGGGCUGGACUUAAAAAUGAGGAACCAGAAAGGAGCGGGGGAGGUGGGGCUGUCCAUGCAGGGAGCCAAGACCACCAAGGUUCCUGGCAGCGGCACCGGAGGGGAUCAGAAAUCGGGGUUCACCACCGGAGCCCAAAUGCUGCACAAUGGCAGCAAGACGCCCACAAGCUCCUCUGCGCCUGGGGGGCAGCACGCAUCCAGCCAGGAGCUGAACCUCCAAGCUUUAAACCUGCAGAGUGUCAAAAACGGGCAGAGUGCAGCAAGUGGGAGCAGCGCGCCUCGCCAUGCCUGCAGCUCUAUGCCCAAAAGCACCACCGCAGCCACCGGUUUGGGUCCUGCUGGGUCCAAGGGUGGUGGAACCAAUGCCGGCUUGAACGCUGCCAAUGUGGGAGAUGGCAGCAAGAGUGAGAAGCAGGCACGCAGGGCAGGUGCUGGUGACAGGGACGUGGCCAAGGGUGGCACAGCCGGUGGGCAGGAGGGGCACGCGGCCCCCGAGAGCCGCAAAGCAGCCGCCCUGUCUGAAAUGAGUACAGGCGACGAGAGCAGCUCGGACUCGGAUCGGGAUUCGGCUUCCUUUCCCAGCGUGGGUCAGAACAUGUCUGUCUCCAUCCAGACCAGCCAGGACUGGAAGCCCACCCGCAGCCUGAUCGAGCACGUCUUCGUCACGGAUGUCACCGCAAACCUGAUCACAGUGACGGUCAAGGAAUCCCCCACCAGCGUUGGGUUCUUCAAUGUCCGGCAAUACUGAGCUGGGGAGCCGGAGAGGAGGGAGACGUCCUUCAGCUUCCCUCGCCCUUGCCCAGCUCUCCCACCAGGUUUUCAUUUCUUUAGGUACUGCCCCACGGCAGGGACUCACGCGAUGACCUCCUGCCACCAGCCCCGUGCCCCUCCACUGCAGGCAGUGCCAGCUCGGACCUGCAGCCCCUCACACCCCCAGGACCCACUGGAAGCUGUGUGCAGAGGGUCGGGAAAGGUGGUGAAGCCUGUACAGAAGUGCCAGCAGAUGAGGUGGGCCCUCCCUGCCUCCUCCAUCCAUCCGAGCCAGUGCCACUGGCCAGGAGCAAAGGCACUGGGAGGUGACAGCUGGCAAGUUCUGAGCCAGGCUUCACUACAUGAAGUUCACUUGCUUUAUGGCUUGAGAUGCCAGUGUGUGGCACGGGGCUCUGGCAGCAGGGAGAGGGGCAGAGGGGAGGUGCCAGGCUUACGCUUGGGAGAGAAGAGGGCAGCUCUCCUUUUUCUGGGCGGCCCAAGCUACCAGAGCAGCCAUGAUCCAAACGAGACAGCU